AAUACGCGGCAGUGGAAAUACACACGCCCACAAAAAACGCCUGCUUCUUUGAGGUCCCGCAUGAAUCUGAUUAAUAUCGUUUAAUAAUCUAUACUAACUCUAUUGUUCGAACCAGAAUGACUUUUCAUGUGAAUUUGUAAGCGAUCGCUCACAUAUUUUGAUCCCACUUCUAGCUACAUCACGGCGCAGGGAAUCUGGUUGUAGCUGCAUUGUUGAAGUUGGAUUUAGUGGAUGCCACAUGUUUCGUUACUACUGUUAGCUAGCUAACGCUAGCUAGCCUGGAGUUUUUUCUUUUUAGGUCGCUGGCGGCCCUUACCCACUGUUCCUACACUGGAAAUAUUUAAUUAACAUAGAGGUCAGAUGGAGAAGCCUCCCCUGCCCAAUGACGAUUACACGGCGGUGACACCAGAGACUCAGCUGGGCAGCUUGGCUGGCGAGGAUAGUCAGGAGGGCGUAGUGGAGCCCCCCGCCCGGGAUGGGUGGGACAGUAAAGUGGAGUAUUUCCUGGCUCAGGUGGGGUUCAGCGUUGGCCUGGGCAACGUGUGGAGGUUCCCCUACCUCUGCCAUCAAAAUGGAGGAGGGGCCUUUCUCCUCUUGUACGUGCUGCUCAUGAUCCUUGUGGGCAUUCCCCUGUUCUUCCUGGAGCUGGCGGCUGGUCAGUCCAUCCGGCAGGGCAGCAUCGGAGUGUGGAAGCACAUCUCUCCCAAGCUGGCGGGGAUCGGCUACUCCAGCUGUGUGGUGUGUUUUUUUGUUGCUCUCUACUACAACGUGAUCAUCAGCUGGAGCCUUUUCUACUUAGGAAACUCAUUUCAGUAUCCACUACCUUGGCAAGAGUGUCCGAAACACGGUAACAUAACUGUGAAGGAAUGUGUGGCCAGCAGUCCUACCACCUACUUCUGGUUCCGGAAGGCUCUUAACAUCACCAACUCCAUCAGCGAGACGGGCGAGUUUAACCCUGUCAUCACCUGCUGCCUGCUGGCCGCCUGGACCAUCGUCUGCUUGGGCAUGUUCAAGGGCAUCAAAUCCUCUGCCAAGGUGAUGUAUUUCUCCUCGGUCUUCCCCUAUGUGGUGCUGCUGUGUUUCCUCAUCAGAGGGCUGAUGCUGGAAGGGGCUGCAGAGGGCAUCAAGUACAUGUUCUACCCUAAGCUGGAGAUCUGGGGUGAGGUGCAGGUGUGGCGCCAGGCGGCAACGCAGGUUUUCUUCGCCCUGGGCCUGGGCUUUGGCUCGGUCAUCGCCUAUUCCUCCUACAACCCACGCAGCAACAACUGCCACCGCGACGCCCUCACUGUCUCCACCAUCAACUUUCUCACCUCUGUCCUCGCCACGCUGGUGGUGUUCGCCGUGCUGGGUUUCCGCGCCAGGGAAGUCGCAUUGCGCUGCGUGACUCAUAACUUGGAGAAGCUGUCGGAGCAGUUCUCAUUGGGCCCUCUUGACCGGGACCUGCUGCCCGUUAUCAACAUCUCGGACCCCAGCUCGAACCCCCUGGAGGCCUACAGGGACUGGUUCAAGGUUCACGGAGCCAAGGUCCCUGGCAACCUCACCGACUGCAGCCUGGAGAAUGAGAUGAACAAAGGUGUGGAGGGCACAGGGCUGGCGUUCAUAGCCUUCACAGAGGCCAUGACUCUGUUCCCGGGCAGUCCCUUCUGGUCAGCCCUGUUCUUCCUCAUGCUGCUCAACCUGGGUCUUAGCACCAUGUUUGGCACCAUGGAGGGCAUCCUCACACCCCUCACCGACAACUUCAAAGUGCUGAAGCGCCACAAGAUCAUACUCACAGUGUGUAGCUGCAUCAUCGGCUUCCUGAUUGGCAUGCUGUUCACGCAGCGCUGUGGGAACUACUUUGUGAUGAUGUUUGACGACUACUCCGCCACCCUGCCCCUCAUCAUCGUGGUGGUGUUUGAGUGUUUCAGCGUGUCCUGGGUGUACGGUGCUGACCGGUUCCUUGAUGACAUAGAGAAGAUGCUGCACUGGCGCCCUCCUGUGGUCUAUAAGUACCUGUGGAAGUAUGUGUGUCUGCUGGCCAUGCUGGGACUGCUGGGAGCCAGCCUGCUAAAGAUGUGCUUCAAACGGCCCACCUACACUGCCUGGAACAGAGAAACGGCCUCAGAGGAGACUCUGGACUACCCUGACUGGGCCCUGGGUGUCUUGGCUGUUUUGAUCAUAUUCGCCACGUUGCCUGUUCCCCUGGGCUACAUCCACUCCACCCUGAGGAACAGAGCUAGACGCAACUCCAUAGGAAGUGGCCUGGGAACCGACAUGGGGGGCGUAUACACUAAGUGCAGCACCGUGGAGUGUGACACCCCCGUAGCCGCCCUAUUGGACGAACACCUGGAAAGGAAUAGAAUACCUAAGGAUUCUCCCUCGCCAUUGGCCGAGGAGAACCUCCGGCUCCUCCCACAGAGGGAAGGGGAAGAAGAUAUAGAGGAUUCAACUAGCGUGUGAGGGGGAGGAAACAAGGAGAAAACAGAAGGACUAAAAGAGGGAAAUAUGAGCUGCUAGUUGGCUUGAUGUCAGAUGUUACAUCAUGGUACCAUGAAAGAAUGUAUACUGACGUAUACAUUGAAAAAUAURUUUUAAAGAUCAAAUUACUAGUUUUAAAAGAUCCUCUGCUUUCAGAUGUUCUCUAUUUUAAAUAAUAUGAAUGUAGCCAUGUUGGGUUACAUUUCAUUUUUUAUGCUAUAUUCCAGAGAGGUGAAAAACUGCUUGUCAGUAAAAUCCCUAAGGCUCAAACUGUUGUUUAUAAGUGAGGAGAUAUGUGUUGCCAAGACGUUGCCUCAAAUGUUCAAACCUGCAACCCACCUAAGGUGUUUUUCCACACCACUGUACUUGGUUGCUUACAGAUAAGGCUCAUGAUAUUCACUUUGAAACACAAUCAAUGGAACUAUACUUUUCCGCCCAACCUGUGGUGGAAGGGAAUAUUCCAGUCCUUAAGAGUUCUUUACCGCCCCAUAUCAUGAGCCUUAUCUGUAAGUAACCAAGUAUGGGAUGUUAAACAUAAGUGGUGUGGGAAAACACAAGAGGUGGGUUGCAGGUUUGGCAACACAUCUAACUUAUAAACAACAGUUUGAGCCUUAGGGAUUUUAUURACAAAGCACAGUUGGUAGUAAGGUGCCAGUAUCAAUUUGAUCAGUAUAGGAGCACGAGCACCUGUUUGUGAAGUUGGAAAAUGGAUCUCCGCACACUCAGGAUCAAUACACAAUUUCCAAUUUCUUUAGGCUGCGCUUUCAGUCGUCAGACAUUUAUCAGAGCAUGAAUGAUUUCUUUACACACAUGGUUACAAUUUAGCUUCCUUUUACUUGAGCCUAUUGGUUUUGAUUCAGUUUAAUGUAAGUGAAAUGUUUCAAAGUGGCUCCGUAUCCUCAAUACUGUAUUUUGUCUGUUGAUGAGGAUAUGAGCCAUGAACUUGACAUAGUGAGGUCCAAUAGUAUUUGGACAGUGACAAUUUUGUUGUUUUGGCUCUGUACUCCAGCACUUUGACAAUGUCUAUGGGGUUAAAGUGCAGACUGUCAGAUUUAAUUUGUGGGUAUUUUGAUCCAUAUCAGAUGAACCAUUUUUGUACCUAGUCCCCCCCCCCCCAAUUUAGGAAAUUAAAAGUAUGGGGACAAAUCAACUUGUGUAUUAAAGUAGUCAAACGUUCAAUAUUUGGUCCCAUAUUCCUAGCAUGCAAUGACUACAUCAAGCUUG